AUGCGUUCGUGGUUCUUAGUCUCUCUUUGGGCGCUCUUUACUACCGUGUUGGGGAUCGAAUUCAUUAAUCCUGGGCCUGAAGGACCAAGUGGCGACUACUCUUUAAAUGCUGUUUACGUUAAAGGGUCGCCAGUCAACAUACAAUGGACCCCAGCACCGGAUGGAGCCCGCACGUCGUUGACCAUGUUCCAGUUGAAGGGGAAACAGUUUCUGCAGCCUUUUGAAUACCUCACCCAAAGUGUACUCAAUGUUACAUCCCUGAGCUGGAUGGUACAAACAACCAAGGACCUCUCGGUGUCGAACACGUUCUUCUUCUGUCUCUUCAUCGAAGGAGAGGUGCGCUCAACGGCAAACAGCCAUGCCUUCAAUAUCACCGAAAACGCGGCUAAGCCGAGCUCCACCAGCAGCAGUAGCCGUAGCAGCAGCAGCAGCUCGGCAACCUCCUCCACCACCUCGUCAACAAGCACCCAAGCUCCAGCAUCCGAGUCAACAACCACACCCCCCGUUGUCAUCCAGUCAUCGGCCCCAGGUGGGCUGAGCACUGGGGCAAAGGCUGGGAUCGGUAUUGGAAUCUCCGCUGCGGUUGUUUUAGGACUCGGCGCAGGUUGGUUCAUUUUCGGCCGGCGGAAAAAGCAGGACGGAAUUGCACCAGGCGCAUCAGGUAUGCCAAGUAAUAUCCAGGCGGAAAAAUGGCAGGAGCAAAGGCAGGAUCAAAUAUAUCAGCUCAGCGGUGAGAGCACGGUGGCGCCUCUGAUCCAUGAGCUUCCGUCUGAACGGCAAUAA